UCAAUCUUCGACGUUCGGUUCGGUUGGUUCAGAGCAUUGAAAACGGCGAACCUGGCUGAGCUGAGUCACGGUUGCGGACCAUUCGCGCGCGGGUCUUCGCGGUUACACAGCCUAACCUACCUAUUCAUACAUGGCACCACAGUGAUUUAUUGCAAAUUUGGUAUCCUGGGGGAACCGAGGGAGUGUUUGGAGCCCAUAAAAAAAAAGGAUAGCCCGUGUUCGUAAAUCACGUCGCGCCGGUGGCAAGGAAGCAGCAACAGGAGCUGAAAGCAUUGGUGGACUGAACAUAUUUUCCACUGGCUAGUACACGGGGUAGAGGUAACAAACGAAAGGAUUGUGAGAAUCGGUGGAAAAUUCUUACAAGGCCGGGUCGAUACGACGGUGAAAGCCCCCACCGGGGAGAGGGUUUCCUUUGCCAGAGCGAUUUGCGUUUUUCGCAGGGUGUAUCGUCGUUAUUAUUUUUUAAUUUGCAUAAAUUAAGAGAACCGAGAAAAUGAUAAAAGUGUAACGGUUUAUGGGCACUGCUCACGGCAGGACCUGCGAAAGGUGGAAAAUUUGUGCUCCGCGGUUCGCUGUAAUCGAUAUCGUGCCCGAAAGUGAUUCGGAAGCGUUUUCCCAAGCAUUUGAUCAAACAUCUGCGCCAUCGACGAAUGGAAUCGCUGAACUCGAAUAGAUUGGAGCGAUUGUUUGUGCAAAAUUUUGAGUGACACGAUAAGCGGAUUCAAUUAGAGUGUAAAGUGUGUUGUAAUCCACAAAUCCGCAAUCGAAAGGAAGCGACAGAGAGAGCGAAAGCCAACGUUUUAACCCAUCAGUUCCAGACUGCCUGGCUCGAAUCUAAUUUAUGUCAAUAUACAUUACACAUAUUUAUCCGAGAUCCACUUCAACAGGAAACGACCUCAAGAGUGUUUGAAUGUGUGUGUGCGUGUAUGUGAGCGUAAGUUGCUGUUAUUGUUGUUGUUAUUUUCGGCUGGAUCCGGAGUGGCUUCGGUCGUGUAAUAUCAAUUGUAGUGCCAUCGAAUUAAUUAUAUGAACGACGCGCGGUGACCACAGAGUGCAUUCGGAGCGAAAUUUUGGCCUCAAUUGUGUGACCAUUGCUUUGCACAUGAAUAAAUCAUACGUUUAUUAGUGCACACAAGAAAAUUAUGCAUUAGACGCCUCCCCCCACCACGGUGUUGUGUCUGUUUGUGAGUGCUGCUGCGGUGACCUGGUGCGAUAAAUUGAUUCCAAGUGCGGCGCAAAGCUUCCGAUACUAACCCAAUCCGAAUGCACAUAUUAUAUGUGCUUAAUCAUUAUUAGAUUACGAGAAGCUGCGGUUCGCCACGAAAUCAGUGACCACAAAACGCGAUUACGAUCCUUACAAUUUACAGACCCGGAGCCGUUCGCUUGGGGAAUGGAAUCCAUCUCAAGUGUUGGUCGGAUUUUUGGGAUGUUGUAGAGAAAUCUAAUCCGUGCCCUGUCGGAAUUACUCAAGUGGGUUGUGUGCGUUGUGAAAUAAAUCAAUCAAGCUGACCAACACGAGGGCGGGUGGAAAAAUUGUUGAGCCCGAUGAGAUGAGUGUUGCGGCAAUGCUUCAGUGAUAAGAUUAUCCACUUAUGAUAUCAUUUUUGGAAUCGGAGAAGAGCUACUGCUGGUGUGGUGUUGAAGUGAUUGAGUAUUGUCAAGAUUCCAGAUAGCGAUAGACCGUAACUUGGUUGCGAUAAGAGUGGUUGAUGUGUUAUUGAUUGAUUUUCGAUUCAUUCGAACCCAUCGCAGCCCAUCGACGAGGGGAAGAAGAAGUCAGUCGAGCAAAUCAAAUCAAAAGGUUAGUCCCGUCUCGAGUAAUUGGCACGCAAGCGUGUACGAACAGCAUCAAGGAUUGUCAUUCUUGUGACAGCGCAUCAAUCGUCUCGAAUUUGCCGACGCCAUCGCUAGGGGAAAAACGGAAAUGACGAACCACAGGAACGAGUUUGAAAAGUUUUAACAUACAUAUCGACGAACAGCAAAUAGCAAAAAAAAAAACGCGCCAUUGUCACGAAUAAAACAGCAUCAGCAUUUGCGAAACGGAAAUUAGUUAGCUUUUUGGUGAGAAGUUUGAAUGACAAAAUGGCAGUGAUACGUUCACCGGAAGUGUUAGUCAAUGCCGUCACCUGGUGGAUCAAAUUUGUGCUGGUGCUCAUCUUUCUGGAGGUGUUUUUACACGUCGAAACGCUCGAUCUAGAAAAAUGCAAAAACCCAUUAGGAAUGGAGUCUGGAGCGAUCAACGAUUCGCAGAUAACGGCAAGCUCGGCACACGACAUCGGCAACGUUGGUCCUCAGCACGCCAGAUUAAAAGUUGACAACAACGGGGGCGCCUGGUGUCCGAAGCACAUGGUCUCGCGCAAUCUGAACGAGUACCUCCAGAUCGAUCUGCAGAAGAUGCAUGUCGUGACGGCCAUCAAAACGCAAGGCCGCUUCGGCAAGGGCCAAGGUCGAGAGUACACCGAGGCGUACGUGCUCGAGUAUUGGCGACCGGGAUUCUCGAAGUGGAAACGGUGGAAAAACACCCGGGACACCGAGAUUCUGUCGGGAAACACCAACACCUACAGCGAAGUGGAAAACAUUUUGCAGCCAAUUAUAUAUGCCUCGAAAAUCCGCAUCUACCCAUACAGUCAAUACGACCGGACGGUUUGCCUCCGGGCGGAAAUCAUCGGCUGCGAGUGGGACGAAGGAUUAGUUUCCUACAGCAUCCCCAAGGGCGUGAUUCGGGGGUUGGAGGUUGACCUCUCGGAUCGAACCUUCGACGGCGAGGAGGAAGGUGAUCGCCUCAUCGGUGGUCUCGGCCAGCUCGUAGACGGUCAGAAGGGAGCAGAUAACUUUCGCAUCGAUAUCCACGGUUUCGGCAAGGGUUACGAUUGGGUCGGCUGGCGUAAUGAUUCACUCGGCUUCGCCGGAAAACCAGUCGAGAUGGUGUUCGAGUUCGACACGGUGAGGAACUUUAGUGCCAUGGUUCUACACACCAACAACAUGUUCAGCAAGGACGUUCAGGUAUUCCUCCAUGCGAAAGUUUUCUUCAGCAUCGGUGGCCAGCACUUCAGCGGUGAACCGGUGCACUUCUCCUACAUGCCGGAUACGAUUAUGGAGAACGCUCGUGAUGUCACGAUCAAAUUACAUCAUCGCCUCGGACGCUACAUCCAGAUUCACCUCUACUUUGCCCUGCGGUGGAUUAUGCUGAGUGAAAUAUCGUUUAUUUCCACUCCAGUGAAUGGCAACUUCUCCGACGAGGAAGCCGGCGGAAAUUCAAUCUCACAGGAAAAUUCAAUUGAAUAUCCGCUGCAGCGAGACGAAGUGCAGACGGCCAACAAAGGCGAACGGAAUCAUGUCACACAAGUAAUCUCGCCGAAGCCGAUCGACCAGGGACCGAAGCCACACUUUGUCGGCGUCAUCAUCGCGGUGUUGACCACUAUCAUCCUGCUGCUGAUUGCCGUCAUCCUGUUCAUCGUGGCCAAGAACAAGCGCACCCGAACGGCGGCAGUCCUCGACGCCCUGCAGCACAAUUUGCAUACUGAUAGCUUAGGAAUUGAUAAACGGCUGAAUAGUAAUUUUAAGGUAUCGAUAGACGAUAAUGAAUCGAUCGAUAAGAGCAGUCUCUAUCAUGAACCCUUCAACGUGAACAUGUACACCAGUGCUGCCAGCGGGUGUUCGAUGAACGACAUGCAGCGGCAUCACAUCACACCGGACUACACAGAUGUACCCGAUAUCGUUUGCCAGGAAUAUGCCGUGCCGCACAUGCAGGACUUGAUACCGAAGAUUCCCGGUGGCUACGUGAGCGUCCGGCUGACACCACCGACGUUGAACAAUAUCUUUCCAAAGCCCCCGCCGGUGCCCCCACCUCCGGAGAAAUAUUACGCCGCCACUGCCAUCUGUAAAUCAUCCACCGCCCCCAGCACACCCUCCAACCAGCAGAACAAUCACCAGCAACAGCAACAGCAGCAGCACCAACAGCUGAACGCUUACAGCGAUCUGGAUCACGGUGUCUCGGACGAUGAUUUACAGCUGACCGAGUAUCCUCGGGAUAAGCUGGUGAUAGUGGAAAAGCUCGGCUGCGGCGUGUUUGGCGAACUGCAUCUGUGCGAAACCAAAGGAUACAGCUCGAGUCUGGUAGCCGUAUCAACGCUGCGUCCCGGCGCUUCGGAGCACGUGAGGAAGGAAUUCCGGGCGAAGGCCAAGCAACUCAGCCGACUGAACGAUCAGAACAUCCUGAGACUGAUCGGUGCCUGUCUGAAGGACGAGCCAAUUUGUAUCGUUUUAGAUUACAAAUUCAGCACGGACUUGAACCAAUUCCUACAGGAGCACACGGCCGAAACCGGCUCGCUCGUGCAGCAUAAUUCGUUAAGCUACGGAUGUUUAAUUUACAUCGCCACACAAAUAGCUUCCGGUAUGAAGUAUCUAGAGCAAAUGAAUGUAGUGCAUCGUGAUGUAGCAGCUAGGAGUUGUUUAGUAGGGCCGCAGUUGGAGAUAAAAAUCUGUACACUAGGAACUGUGAUAAACCGCAUUGCAUAUCCCGCAGACUACUGCCACCUGGAGGGAGCAGGGAGACAAUCACAACCGAUGCCAAUCCGGUGGAUGGCAUGGGAAAGCGUCCUGAUGGGUAAAUUUACAUCAAAGUCAGACGUAUGGGCGUUUGCCGUGACGCUCUGGGAAAUCCUCACGUUUGCUCGGGAGCAGCCUUUCGAGAAUCUGAGCGACGAAAAGGUGAUCGAGAACGUCGGACACAUGUACCAGGACAACAAGAAACACAUCCUGCUGCCCAUCCCGGUUGGCUGCCCGCGUGAAAUCUACGACUUGAUGUGCGAGUGCUGGCAGCGUAACGAAAAUAGCCGACCGAACUUCCGCGAGAUUCAUCUGUUCCUGCAGCGGAAAAAUCUCGGGUACAGACCAACCGCUUCUUAUUAAGUAACACCCAAAAAAAAUAGGCCCCCGAGGCAACGCCAUUUUCGUUGUUCGCCAUAUAGAGUGUACAGAACCCAAACACGCUUGAGCAUCGUAUGAUUUCCUCCGCUUGAAAAAAAUGAUCUAGUUUUAGUUUUGAUAUUCGUUCUUUUUUUCCUUUCGUUCCAUGAAUGAUUCAGUUUCAACAUGUUCUUUGUGUGUGUAGAAUGUAUGAGCCAAAUGCACAACCAAACCUUUGAGUUUUGUUUCAAUUCUUUCGAAUUUUCAUAUUAUUAUGCGAUUAGGCCGUAGAACUAGUAAACGCAACUAACAUUGCCUCAUAACUUCUUUCCAACCUUUUAUAGUGAAUACUUUCAUCACAUAUAACAAGCAAGCAAGCAAAGCAAGUGAAAAUUGAACGAAUUUAUAAAUCCAAUAAAAUGUUAAAAAUACUCAAACGAAGAAAAAAACCCAGAGAGCUGCGAACUAUCCGAGGAAAAGCGCACACACGAGACGCGACGAGGCGGGAACACUUUCCUGAUGCGGAACAAUCAAGAAGAUGUCGAGACUUUAAAGAAACAUGACUUUAUCGAAUUAGUUAAAGAAACGCGAAAGAAGGAGAGCGUGCAAAAGAAGGUGUGCAAGAAUCCACAACACGUUAUUGUGAUCCAACUGAAUAGGUGUAAAAAAAUUGAACAUAAUUCAAACAGGAAGGGUGAACUAAUUAUAUAGUGUAUAAAGCGCAGCAUAGAUACAGAGAAGAGACAUUCGCGUAAAAACGACUCUACAAACAGUUAAUUGGGGAUAAAUAUCAUCCGGUUUAAAAAGUCAUUAAUUAAUUAAAAAUUGGCAACUAGUGAUAAUCAUUUAAUUAUUCAACAUGGAAGUGUUCGGUAUUUAUGUGCAAACACAACGGGAAUCGACGGCCAUCGUCAGCCGGAAGCAUGUGGUCGGAAGUGCGGAAGAGGCUCUCUGCAAGCGCCACGAAAGCAGCGGAAUUCACCUUCCAGCUGUAAUAAUCGAAUGCUUGGUUUACUAGAACCGGACUUUUUUACCCCGCCGGAAACAACGAUGCAACGUAGGCGUUCUUUUUUUUUUGAAAUUGUUUGUAUAGUGCAGCAGAGGGAUCGUUUGUGCGUGUGUACAUAUUAAAUUUAAUGAAUGAUUGCCAUUUUGUUAUAAAUUAUUGAUACCAUUAUAUUGCAAGCGAGAAAUUGCAUUAAAAAGUAUUAUAUUGAAUUUUAUACCGAUAAAAGUUAAAUAUUAUUGAAGAGAGACGAGAAACCGCCGUCAACCAUCGAAAGAGAGAGAGAGAGGACACGUUGAAUCCACGCCGGAAUGCCGCGUGGGAGGGGGCGUGUCGGUGUCGCCUCAGGAAAAUACACACACCUACACGGCAGUGCGACAGAGAAACGAGCCAAAAAAUAUUCAAUAUUCAUGAUUAUGUAUUUUUAAUCAUUAACACGGGCACACUUUCCGGAUUAUGGUUCGUAAGUAGGAACAAAAAUUUGAUUAUCUCAUUCCCCAAUUUAUGGAUUUGAAGGUCGAGCAUUAUUUAAAUUUUUCGCACAAUUUUCACACACAUGCACACGCAAUCAACACAAAUACUCACCACCCCCUCAAACACUGUCACGUACACAUCAACCAAAACUUGUUCAUUCAUGAGCGAACAUUUGUCGGAAUUAAGUUCGAAACACGCUUAUGUUCUGUCAUGGAGUAACACAAACAAGAGGGAAGAAUAGAAGAAUUGCAGCUACCGUUUCUAGCUUUCUGUUUUCCCAUACAAACUCACGUCAAGGCGAUUGUAAUUGAAAAAUUGUUAAUUUAUUAACGUGUUUCCAAUUAGCGGUUAGCAAAGAUAGUAGAAAUUAAUUUCAAAAGUCGCAAAAAUCCUGCUCGAGCGCUUUGGUAAUAGAACAAUUUGAUUCUGCAAAUGAAAAACAUACCAAAAACAAAUGAAGACAUCAAUAGAAAAACAUUUCCAUUGACAACAAAACCGAUAAAGAAGUCAAUGAACAUGUUUUCCACUGCAGAAGUAUUUAUGUAGGUUUCAAUGGCGAGUCCUUUCCCGGCAUCAUGCGAACAAUAUAAGUAGCAGAAAAGUUAGUCAAAAAAAAAGAACAAAAAACUGAAGGUAUUAUGUAUCAUAUGACCUAUUUAUACCAUAACUGAUAAGUAGAAUGUAUCAAAGUUUUCUUGUACAUAUAUUAAUGAACAAAAAGUAAUGCUAAGUAGUAGAUGAAAAAAGUAUUAGAAGAAGAAGAAAGUGAAAUCAUUUUUACGACACAAACAUUUCUAAGAAGUAUUCCUCUUUUGAACAGAAAUCUGCGAAAAAGGUUCAAUAAAAAGCCAUAAUGUGGAUGCAUUUGUCAUUCAGAAAAUGACUAUUCAACAAAAAAGUAAAAAAACUGCGUUUUCUUUUCUUCUUGCCUCACUCCCUGAACAAACUCUACCACACAAAUACUUGAAUAUUUUGAGUUUAUUAUUUACGAAUGAUUUCAAACGUUGGUUUCCCAAAAAUAAGAAUUCGGAAUUCGUUUCAACGCUCAAAAUUAUUUGCCAUCAUUUACCAUCUAAUCCAAUAUGUCUGCCGCACACUGAUGACAAAAAGGCGCUUCGAAUGAUAGAGUAUGCUUUCAUCCAUUACGAAAAAUUCUCGACAGAGACAUUCUUUUGUGAUGUCAUAUGACAGAGUUUCUACACUCAUAUUUGUUAGAAGAUCAAACCAAGAACCAAUUCCUGUUCUCGUUCGGAUGCGGUUGAGUGUCAACAAUGUAAUUGUUGACAUCGGUUUUCCAAAUUCGAUUAUCAAAAAUAUCGCACAUUUUUGCACACUGUUUUAUGUUUCUAAUUGCUUAGAAAAGUUGAAGUGCACCUGAUUACCUGAACAUUAUUAUAUUCGAAAAAAGUCUUGUUCGAACGGAUUCGAAUGUUCGAAUCGUGUCGUUUGAACGAAAGUCAGAUACAGCCGUAAACAAAAAUAAGUCUGAGGAUAUCAAUAUUUCUUAUUUUUAUUUAACGUUUCAUCGUCAAUUUUGAGCAUCAUUUUGCCCGAUCGCGAAUUUCCAUUUUCCUUGGACAAAAUAUGUGAACGGAAGAUUUAUCAAACGAUUAUUUUAUUUUACAUUUCCAUCUGAAGUUUGCAUCUCUCAAGUGUACGUAGGUGAACCCGGGGCAAGAGUGUCACCUUAAGCUAAUACGCGUUUUUGAAUGCUCUUUUGUUAU